AUGAAAGAUCAGCUAUUGAGUUUAUUACUGCCUAUACUAAUAAUAUCAAAUUGGACCGAAGGAAAAGUCUUCAAAAUCAAUAAAAUGGAGUGUAGUGCCUUGGACCCUUCGUUUACAUAUUUUAAAACUUGUCAAGUGGUCCACAGAAAAAAUGGGCGUGCAGCUCUGUAUGUCAGUGAGAUAUUCCUCUAUAAAGAACCCAUUGAUAAUAUAAUUCUCAACCUGGGAAUUUUCAAACUAGUCAAGAACAGGCGGUUUCAAAUUCUAAAUGAAACCUUGGACUACUGCGUAUUUAGUCGGCAGUAUUUGGCCAGCGGGUUUUUCGGAUUUCUAAUGUCACCGUUGUUGAAAACUAUGAAUGUAAACGCUACCUGUCCUCUGAAGCAAAACAUAACUGUCACCGGUUUCCCCGUUGAUGAAAACACAAUUAAGGAGAUUCCCAUCCCAAACGGAUUUUAUAUGUUUCAAUUGCGAACAUCAAUGAUGAGGAAAUGGAGAACAGAUGUAAGAGUCUAUGUAUCUCGUGUUGAAAAGUAUUCUGAAUAA